AUGGGGUGCAAGGCGGCGGCGGCAAUGGGCCUCAAGGCGGGCGGGGCGGGCAAGCUGAGACUCCCGUCUGUGGUGGCCGCGGUGGCGCGGUCGCGGAUGAUGAAGCUGUGGGUGCUCCGCGCCACCACCACGGUGCUGCUCUGGACCUGCCUCGUCCAGCUCACGGCCGUCGGGGAGACGUGGGGCCCGCGCGUCCUCAUGGGCUGGCCGUCGUGCCGGACGGCGCGGCUCGCCAUGACGGAGCCCGUGGCGGAGAAGGCCGUCUUGCCGCCAAGGAGAAUUUAUAGGAACAAUGGCUAUCUGAUGGUUUCAUGCAAUGGCGGGCUUAACCAAAUGCGAGCAGCUAUAUGUGACAUGGUUGCCAUUGCAAGAUACUUGAAUGUGACUCUGAUAGUUCCCGAGUUGGAUAAGACAUCAUUUUGGAAUGACCCAAGUGAGUUUCAGGAUAUAUUCGACGUUGAACAUUUCAUAACUUCUCUGAGAGGCGAGGUUCGUAUACUUAGAGAAUUGCCUCCAAGAAUGAAGCAAAGAGUGGAAGUGGGGAUGUUUCACUCAAUGCCACCUAUUAGUUGGUCAGAUAUCUCCUAUUACCAUAAUCAGAUACUUCCUUUGAUUCAGAAACACAAGGUUCUCCAUCUAAACCGAACUGAUGCUAGGCUUGCCAAUAAUGGUUUGCCCCUGGAUAUCCAGAAGUUGCGUUGCCGAGUUAACUAUGGUUCACUGAAGUUCACACCCCAAAUUGAAGAGUUGGGUAGACGAGUGAUUCGAAUUCUCCGCAAAAAUGGCCCUUUCUUGGUUCUUCAUUUACGAUAUGAAAUGGAUAUGCUGGCGUUCUCUGGCUGUACUGAAGGUUGCACGCGUGAGGAGGCAGAUGAGCUCACCAGGAUGAGAUAUGCUUACCCCUGGUGGAAAGAGAAAGUCAUUGACUCUUAUGUGAAAAGAAAAGAUGGCUUUUGCCCAUUAACACCUGAGGAGAUUGCUCUUGUCCUCAGAGCAUUGGAGGUUGACAGAAGUAUGCAGAUAUACAUUGCGGCUGGAGAAAUAUAUGGCGGCAAACGCAGAAUGGCUUCUCUUACUUCAGCGUAUCCCAACGUGGUGAGAAAGGAGACGCUCUUGGAACCGUCUGAUCUCAGGUUCUUUCAGAACCAUUCAUCACAGAUGGCCGCACUCGAUUACUUGGUGUCACUGGAAAGCGACAUAUUUGUUCCAACAUAUGAUGGGAACAUGGCUAAAGUUGUCGAGGGGCAUCGCAGGUAUAUAUUCCAUUUGGUCAUAGCUCUGCUUCGUAACGAAAAUAAUCUAAUCAGAACAUUUUCAUACUGCUAA